AUGAAGCACUUCCUGAGAAUGUUGAUCCAGGUGUGCCUGUAUUUUUACUGCACAUUUUUGUGGCGCUGUCUGAAGUUUGUCAUGAGGAAGCUGACCGGAAGGUGUGAGCUGCAGCGGAUCUGUUACAACACCAAGCCUGGAGCCUCUAGAACCAUGAAGAUCGAAACAUCAUUGAGAGGUUCAAAAAGUAAGCUGUUGCAGACUUCAGUGAGUGUUCACCUUGAUGCUAUUGAAAAAACUAUAGAAGACAUCAUGGAACUGAAAAAAAUUAACCCUGAUAUAAAUCCACAGUUGGGAAUCUCUCUCCAGGCUUGCCUUCUGCAGAUCGUCGGAUACAGAAAUCUUAUUGCAGACGUGGAGAAGCUGCGCAGAGAGCCCUAUGAUUCUGAUAACCCCCAACACGAGGAAAUGCUUCUGAAGUUAUGGAAAUUCUUAAAGCCCGAUACUCCAUUAGCAUCUCGUAUUUCUAAGCAAUGGUGUGAAAUUGGUUUCCAAGGCGAUGAUCCUAAAACGGAUUUUCGAGGAAUGGGACUUCUGGGACUGUACAAUUUGCAGUAUUUUGCGGAAAGGGACACCACAGCAGCUCAGCAGGUCCUCUCUGACUCUCUUCAUCCAAAAUGCAGCAAAUUCAGCAAAGCAGAAUGGGAGCAAAAAAGGAUGGACAAAGCAAUUGGCUACUCCUUUGCAAUUGUGGGCAUCAAUAUAACUGACCUGGCAUAUAAUCUACUGGUGAGCGGAGCCCUAAAGACCCAUUUCUACAACAUCGCACCAGAAGCUCCAACGUUGUCUCACUUCCAACAAACAUUCUGCUACUUGAUGCACGAGUUUCAUAAGUUUUGGAUUGAAGAGGACCCCAUGGACAUCAUGGAAUUCAAUCGCGUGAGGGAGAAAUUCCGCAAGAGGAUCAUAAAGCAGCUGCAGAACCCCGACAUGGCGCUGUGUCCACACUUUGCUGCUUCGGAGGGUUUAAUCAACAUCUAG